AUGGAGCUGGCUUACGUGUGCGAGUGGGAAAAACGUCCUAAAAGCACACACUGUCCUUCCAUUCCUCUGGUGUGCUCUUGGUCCUGCAGAAAUCUUGUUGCUUUUUCUACAGAUUUAAAAAAUGACGAUGAAGAAAAAGAUGUCAGCCGCAUGAUCCACAUCAUUGACACAGAGCACCCUUGGGAUGUUUACUCUAUCAACUCUGGACACUCAGAAGUUAUAUCGUGUUUGGAGUGGGAUCAAUCAGGUUCAAAGCUAUUAUCUGCUGAUGGUGAUGGAAAGAUUAAGUGCUGGUCUAUGUCUGACCAUCUCGUCAACAGCUGGGAGAGUUUCUUGUCCAGCUCAGUGGAUGGGGAUCCCAUUGUCGCCCUGAGCUGGCUUCACAAUGGUGUCAAGCUGGCAUUGCAUGUUGAAAUGUCAAGCUCAACAAACUUCAGCGAAAAGUUUUCCAGAGUGAAGUUUUCCCCAUCUCUUACUCUUUUUGGAGGAAAGCCAAUGGAGGGAUGGUUAGCAGUGACCGUGAGUGGUUUGGUCACAGUAUCACUGCUGAAGCCAGGAGGCACCCUGCUCACAGCCAGCGAGAGCUUAUGUCGGCUGAGAGGACGGGUGGCUCUAGCUGACAUUGCCUUUACAGGAGGUGGAAAUAUUGUGGUAGCAGCUACAGAUGGGAGCAGCUCCUCUCCUGUCCAGUUCUAUAAGGUGGUGGUUAGUGUUGUCAGUGAAAAAUGCCGCAUCGACACAGAACUCCUGCCUUCUCUGUUUCUUCGUUGCACAACUGAUGCAAUUCGAAGAGAUAAAUACCCAGCUGUCACCCACCUCAAGUUUUUGACCAGAGAAAAUUCUGAACAGGUCUUGUUAUGUGCAUCCAAUCAGACAGGCAGCAUUGUAGAGUGUUGGUCUCUGAGAAAAGAAGGCCUUCCAGUUAAUAACAUUUUCCAGCAUCGAUCUCCCGUUGUGGGUGAAAAACAGCCAACCAUCCUGAAAUGGCGCAUUCUGACAACUACUAAUGACCUAGAGAGAGUGUCUGCUAUUGCUCUUCCCAAACUACCCAUUUCCAUCUCCAACACAGAUACUAAAUUUUGCCCAGGACUUGGAUUGGCUCUGGCCUUCCAUGAUGGCAGCAUCCAGAUCCUCCACCGCAUGUCUCUUCACACCAUGUGCGUUUUCUACGGCUCUUCAACCUCAGGCCCAGGACAACGGCCUGGGGACGAGUCUGCAAUUAAACGCCAACGAACUGGCGGGCCUGCCAUCCAUUUUAAAGCCAUUCAGUUCUCUUGGACCUCCCUUGCAUUGGCAGGAAUUGACAACCAUGGCAAACUGCAAAUGCUGAGGGUAUCCCCUUCCAUGGGACAGGUGCUUGACAUGAACACAACACUACGCCAUCUUCUGUUUCUUCUGGAGUACUGCAUGGUCACUGGAUACGACUGGUGGGACGUCCUGCUGCAUGUUCAGCCAACAAUGGUUCACAACUUGGUGGAGAAACUGCAUGAAGAGUAUAUGAGGCAGAAUCAGGCUUUACAACAGGUUCUUGCCACCCGUAUUGUGGCAGUGAAAGCCUCUCUGUGUAAACUGUCCACAGCCACAGCUGCCAGAGCCUGCGACUUUCACGCCAAACUGCUGCUCAUUGCCAUAAGUGCCACGUUAAAGUCACUCCUCAGACCACAUGUGCUUAACUCGCCAGACAAGAGCCCUGGAGACCGACUCACUGAAAUCUGUGCUAAGAAUACAGACCCAGAUAUCGACAAGGUUAUGAUUAAUCUAAACACACAGGAUUUUGUUUUGGACGGCCCACAUUUACAGUCACUGCAGCAGCUCAUCCAGUGGGUGGGGGAUUUUGUUCUGUACUUGCUAGCCAACCUGCCAAACCAGGGCUCAAUGGUGCGUCCCGGCUUUGGCUUCAUGCGAGACGGAGCUUCUUUGGGGAUGUUGCGAGAGAUGUUGGUCAUGAUACGAAUCUGGGGAUUACUGAAGACCAGCUGCCUGCCCACAUUCACUGCUACGUCUGACAACCAAGACAGUCUUCAGCUGCUCUUCAGGCUUUUGACCAAAUUAUGGCUUUGCUGCAGAGAAGAUGCACCACCACAGGAUCCUGAUGAUGGCUUGAUAGAUGAAUGCUGCCUGCUGCCCAGUCAGCUGCUCGUGCCUUCAAUGGACUGGUUACCAGUGAAUGAUGGAGUGAUUGUGAAGCUGCAGGGUAAACAUCCGCUCCGGCUGCAGUUUGGGAAGCCCUCCUCUCUACCAGGACAGGGCUCCACCACCCCACUGGAGGUCUUCACCAGGAGCCCUAGUUCACAGAAGAUGGAUAACCUCCGCUGCAUUCACAUGGGUGUGUGUCCUACAGAGGAGAGCAAGGCUUGUACCAGAUGUGGGUGUGUGACGAUGCUGCGAUCUCCAAACAAGUCUAAUGCGAUGAAGCAGUGGGAGCAGCGCUGGAUUAAGAACUGUCUUUGUGGAGGUUUAUGGAGACAGAUCCGUCAAGCGUUCAACUAA